AAAAUCAGGUUUCAGAUGCAAAUAAAAUUAAAAUACUGUAAAGUAUACUUGGUGAUUGUCUUCACUACAAAUGAAAUGUUUUAUUAAUUGUAAGAGGACAAGUUUAUAUACCGUCAUACGCCAGUACUCAUGAAUAUUAAUUAGGGCUCUGUUAAUAUUCACGAGUCAGGCGGUUGUUAAGGGCGACAGCGUUCAGCAGCUUUGUUGUUGUGAAUGCACUAACGUUACAUAUGUAAUAAACGUUUCGAGUACUUUCUGAGGUAAUGAGUUACAUCUAAAUAUGAACCCAUUUCCAAAGUUAUUAUUAGGCUGUCUCAUUGACACAAAACAUGUAGAGUCCGCAGCGAUAUUUGUGGCGAAAACUGGCGACGUAACGGCAGCGUCCAACUUUACAGUCUGUCCAGAACAAACACAGACGUUUCUAGACGCAUUCAAGCAAGUGAAUGUAACGAGGCAGAGAGGACUCGCCUUCAGGAGCAAACACUACAGCUGUGUGCGUGCUGACAAACACUCCAUAUACACUAAAUGUGAAGGACAUGGUCUGAUAUUGGUGAGAACUGCGCUGUAUGUGAUUGUUGCCACAUAUUCACAGAGCAUGUAUCCAAGUAUCUGUGUGGAAGCAGUUGAGAAACUAGCCGAGUAUCUGCGUGAAAAGGGAAUCUGAAGCUCGUCAUAUAAGACCCUAAGAGGUGAAGAAUCUGUUCAGUGUGAUUUUAACACUAUUGAUUUGAAACUAUGGACUGUACUCAAUCUGCUUAGUUACAGUAACGCCAAGGUAGGUUGUUUCAGUAUGGUACAGAUAAACAAGAAACAUAAAAAGAAUGUUUUUGGAUUGAUGUAUUGGUAUUUUAAUUUAUACAUUGAGAUUUAGCAUCUUAAAAUAUACACACAACUGUAGUUUUACAUCUCAACACUAAACAUAAUGAGACACAAACUCAACUGCCACAACUUAGGCAACAAGAUCUUUCACAGAAAGAAUAUAAAACUCCAUAGAGACUGCAAACAGAACAAAAGCUAUUGCAACUGAAUGUUAUUAGUGUUACCAUUCAUAUAAACAGAGAACAUGUUCCACAGUCUUAUAUUAUGCAUCUUUUUUGUUUAGAAUAAGAAAUCUUAAUGAACUGAAGAUGUUAAGUGUUGUAAGACAGAAAGAGCAGAAACAAUCUAUAAUGUUUGACCUGAUCAUUCACAGUGUUGAAGUUUGUAGCAGUCAACCAAUUAGAGAUCAGUACAAUUUGCAUUUUCAUGUUGCACACAUCUUUUAGUAUAUACUCUGUUUUUUCAUCGCAGAUCAAUAACACGGUAUACGUUAAAAUACACAGAUCUGUCAAAUCAAUCCCUAAAGCCCAUUCAUCAUCCAUGCAUCACAUCAGUGCUUAUUUAAUGUGCUCCUUGAUAACCAUGUAAAACCACAGACUUAAGAAUAAGCAAGAGCUUGUCCAUUUACAUAUCACACAAAAACCUUAUUCAUUUACUAGAGACAUAUUUCAGUAUACUUUCAUAAUACACAGUCCAUUUCAUCCUUUAAUAAGAUAGAGACAAUACACGCAUUUGGGUAAAGGUCUUGGUGUUGGUAGAAUAUAAAGAUUGGUUAAAAAAUAAAAUAAAAUUAACUUAAUAGUAUGCACCAUGAAUCAGGAUAUUUUAUAUUCUUAAUGAUUGAAAUAAGCAAAAAAACCUAAUAAAUUCUCAGGUGUGUGUUUAUUUAUAUUUUAUGAAAAUUAUAUGACAUUAAUAUGAAGGAAUUAAUACAGGUAGGUAGGAAAUACUUCAUGACCUGAGUGUUCUUUGCAUUGUUGUUUGCUUUUGUUUAGUUUCUGUUUUUCUGCAUGAUUCAUAUUUGCUGGUCAGAGUUAUGAACUUUACAUAAAAUACACACAAAUGAUAAGGAAUGCAAAGUUAUCACAUAAUAAUAAGCAUUUGGCAAAAUGUAAAGUGUGUAUGUGGUAAAAAGGUGUCCAGGAUGCACAAUUAAGAUUGAUCCACUUGCGUUUGUUGUUUUGUUGUUAAGGAAAUGAAGUAGUAAAAUAAUUUAGAUGUUAAAAAAAA